AUCGAAACACAAAAAUCACCAACAUGGCUUCCUUAAGCGUCCUAGUGUUGCUCCUAGCAGCUUUGUUUGUCAUCCCUGAGGGGCUUGCCAAUUACGAGAAGCCCCCUGAGUAUAAUCCCCCGAUUUAUCAUCCACCAAUUGAGGAACCUCCGAUUUAUCAUCCACCAAUAGAGAUACCACCCGUGUACAAACCACCAGGGUACCAACCACCAGUGGAGAUACCACCCGUGUAUAAACCACCAGUUGAGAAGCCACCUGUGUAUAAGCCACCAGUAGAGAAAACACCUGUGUACAAGCCCCCUGUGGAAAAUCCCCCGAUUUACAAGCCACCAGUAGAAAAACCACCAAUUUACAAGCCACCGAUAGAGUAUCCACCAGUUUACAAGCCACCAGUAGAAAAACCACCUGUGUACAAACCUCCAAUUGAGAAACCUCCUGUCUACAAGCCACCAGUAGAGAAGCCUCCAGUUUACAAGCCACCAGUAGAGAAACCACCCGUGUACAAACCUCCAAUUGAGAAGCCACCUGUUUACAAACCCCCAGUAGAGAAGCCACCUGUUUACAAACCGCCAGUAGAGAAGCCGCCUGUUUACAAGCCACCAAUAGAGAAACCACCUGUGUACAAACCCCCAGUUGAGAAACCCCCUAUUUAUAAGCCACCAGUAGAGAAACCCCCAGUUUAUAAGCCACCAGUUGAGAAGCCUCCCGUAUAUAAGCCACCAGUUGAGAAGCCUCCCGUAUAUAAGCCACCAGUAGAGAAACCGCCUGUGUAUAAGCCACCGGUAGAGAAGCCACCAGUUUACAAACCUCCAGUUGAGAAACCACCUGUGUACAAACCACCGGUAGAGAAGCCACCAGUUUACAAACCUCCAGUUGAGAAACCACCGAUUUACAAACCACCAGUAGAGAAGCCACCUGUAUACAAACCACCAAUUGAGAAACCCCCUGUCUACACACCACCUGUAGAGAAACCUCCGGUAUACAAGCCACCAAUUGAAGAGCCUCCAGUUUAUAAGCCCCCAGUUGAGAAACCACCGGUUUACGGGCCUCCAUAUGAGAAGCCACCUCACUACCCAGGGUAUCCUCCAUAUGAGAAGCCACCUCACCACCCAGGGUAUCCUCCUGCCGAUGAUGACAAUCGUUUCUAAAACUUGUUAUAUUAAGAAAAUGUGAAAAAUAAGAGGUAUAUAUAGUUUUCGAAGCAAGGAUUAUAUAUUAUUGGCAUCUUCAUUUAAAUCCUUUGUUUACAAUGCUAUUGCUAAGAUAAGAAUGUAAGUGUAAAAUGGAAAAUGGUGCUUUUGUACUCCAAAUUAUGAAUAAGAAUGUUAUGAUUUAGAUGUUGUGGUGGUUGACUAAAUCGUGAUACAACAUUUUAUUAGUUUCGAUAUUGCUU